GAUAAAGGCGAGCUCGAAGCCGGAUGUUUCUACACAAACAGUGUGUAUGAAUAUAAAUAAGGCAGUCGGAAUGUCUUUAUAAUGACUACAUCACGAAGCGUCAUUGGGAUUCCGAUCUUUGAUAAAGAGCAGAUGAUCUGUUUGAUAAGUGGGCACCUCGUCAGACAACACCGUUUCCUAUAAACACGCCGAGAUUACGGCCAUUUAUCGACUGUGAAAAUGGCGCAGCCAUACUGUUUUGUACGAUUCCAGUGAAAUGGAAGAUUACUAAAUAUUCCAGAUGGGGAUUUCGAAUGAUAGAGUUAAUUACAGAUGGUGCCCCGUGGUUGGUAAAAUGAGAGAGGUAUCGAUGGCAAUAAUUGACCCCACGCUAAACCGAACAGCACAGUUGGAACGAUUCUCGGAAGCUUUGCCUGAAUAAUUUUCCGCUAACUGAAUUCCUUUUAUAUUUGUUUGUUCAUUUCCUGAAAUUACUAAAUAUAGUCGUGUAUUUGACUGGGGCUAUAGAUGAAAGGAAAUAUUUGUUACUGAAAGACCCAAUAGGAGUGUGUAUGGUGGACGUGCUCAGUAGGGUUGGUUCCUGGUAUGCUGUGAGUGUUAACCGUAUGUUAGAGGGGAAAUGAAGAUGACGAUGCUUUAGUCGCGACCAGACAACGUUAACGGUACAUGUGUAGGUGUAUAUAUAUACAAUGUACGUGUUAUUUGCACAUGUGCGCCCUUAGACUCAGACGUAAAUGUCCACUUCUUGUACUAGUAUAUUUGUAUGAAUGACGCAAAGGAUGUUAUGUUUUUAUUUGUGUUAUUGAAAACCCAGGAAAUGAACAGCUAAUAAUAUCCGGGAGAAAGUGACAUUACCUUCUGUGGUGUUCCGUUGUACAGAUGUGUUUCGUGAUCAACAGGUUCAGGUAGAUGUACAGGAACAGAUAAUCACAACAAAACUAUACAAGAUCGAAUAGGUACAUUCUGUCUCUUCCAACCGGAACUUCUGACGUAAUUCCGCACGUGCACCUCAUCGAUAAUCGGCAUGCUGCUCGUGGCUGCUAAGUGCCUUGGAGGAUGUAUGUGGGCACUCCCUGUUCUCACCUUUGGCUGGAUCGUGAGCUCAUGUUUUGUGACGUACGGGAUUGCCGUGGCAUACAAUCACACGUUUCCAGAUUUCCCGUACAUCAGCUACACUGGAAUAAAGCCCCCGGAGCAAGGAAUCUUCACCAUCACCAUAGCUAUUGGAGCUGUAUUUUUGGCCGCUAAUGCCGAGAUGCAGUACCUAUUUAUCAAGAAGCUGUUUAACGAGUAUAGCCCUGAGAAAAAAUGGCGGAACAUCAAUCGAGCCGGGCUGUCUCUUGGAAUGAUUUCUGGUUUAGGCUUGCUGUUUGUAGCUUGUUUCCAGGUGGACACGAUGAAACCUCCUCACUACGCAGGCGCGUUCAUGUGUUUUGGGUUUGCUAUGGGGUACGCAUGGGUCCAAGUCGGCAUCACGUGGAAAAUACGUCAUUUUGAUGUCAUCAAACAGCAAAGUAGGCGGACGGAGUUCUUUGUGACACAGAUCUGUCAGAUUGUCAACAGUGUGAUGUCUACGGUACUUUUUUUCACAUUCGCGGUUUCCAAGACUAUGUACAACAAGGGUCGGGAUGCCGGUCUGGGUACCAAAUGGGACACAUUGCGUCCCAUUUUCCUGGUGUCUACGAUCUCGGAGUGGCUGCUGACCAUCUCCGUAACUCUGUUCCUUCUUACCUUCAUACCAGCUUUCCGCAUGUUUUCUCACACGCGCAUCGAAAUUGACUUCAUUUCGCCUCAUCUUGCUAAUGGUGAUGCUCCGGCAGAGAAUGGGAAUGGACAACAUGAGGGUAUCGAACUGAUGACCAGCACAUAACCCCAUACGAUCAGCACGUGAUUUAAAGACAGACUUUUACUAUAAAGAAAAAAAACAAAAUCUGUAUGUUAAUAAGGUGUUGUGGAUAGAAUUUUUCUUACUAUAUUUGAUAAUUGUUUACAUUGCUCUUUUGGCAGUUUACUAUAUAUAUGUUCUUGUCGGUGGGUUUUGUAUACAUACAGGUAUGUUCCACGUGGUACUUUAUAUUGUGUCUGCAACACUUGCUGCUUUGUGUAUGCCAGUUUGGUGACCAGAUAGCUAGUACGCAUCAAUAUCUUUAUACAGACUGCUUGGUCCAUUUCGUGAGAGACGGUGCCUUCUGAUGUAUAAUUUGUUCAUUUUCCAUGCCCUCUCCAACAAGAAGAGUCAUUUAUCUUGUAUGUUAACAUGUCCAUAUGAGUUUCUUCAUGAUUUAUUUCAGUAAUUCCGAUUUAAACUUGAGUGCAAUCGAACGUUUACUUGAUAUAAGAGAUUAGAAAUGUAUGGGAAGAAUAGCAAUAAAUUCAAAAAAUGAUGCAGUGACCAUUUUUUUCAUAAAAAGUUAGGGAUAUAUCUGCGGACACAGAGAAAGUUUGAAAUCCCAAUAAAUUUAUAAAAGUACAAAUAAUAGUAUUUAUAAUACAUGUAUGUUUAUAAGCGAGCUGUAAUCUAUUCAUUCGGGGAAUUAAUAUUAUUACGACUAUUUUAUCCCACCCCAGUAAGACGAGAAACAGGGUAUGUACUAUAUAGCUUUCUGUUCGCGAAUCCAAAUUCUGGUUAUAUUGUUUUACAAGAUUAUUGUAAGCCUUUCCAGCUGAAAACCAAAUGCAUUUAACAAAUAUUUUAUCUGCCAUAUUAUAUCAAAUUGAGUAUUGUUGACAUGUUUUUGUAUACAAUUUAAUUUCAUUUCAUUUAGAAACACUUUAAACUCCCAUCAGGAUGGCUCACAGGGUCCUGGCAAUUUGUAACAGCUAUACUUGCGCCUUAACUAAGUGUUCAUAGUAAUUUUACAUGUUUUAAAGGUUUAGAUCGACUUCCGAUACAAAUGACUCGUAAUCAAUAAUCAUUUGGGGUGUUAUUUUUUACCGAAAGUCGAUCUUAACCACUAAAACAUGUAAAAUAACUCUGAACACCAUAGUUUAGGUCCAAAUAUAGAUGUAACAAUUUCUCAGGUCCCUGUGGUGUGAGUUAUAUUGGACAGAUCUCAUUUCAUGCUCUCAGCUUUAACUAGCCUUGACAUGUACAGUAAAUGUAUACAAAAGGCCACCUGUUAUAAGGUGAAAUAUAUUGCUUAUCAAUCAGGGGGAGGGGGGGGGGGGCACAUCUCAAAUGAAAAGUGUUUAAGAAUAUCUCUUUUUUGUAGAAGAUAUCUGACUUUGAUAUAUAUAUGAAUCUGUUUAUUUUGUUACUAAACUGCAUUUAGUUUUAUUUAUCUGGUAUGCAUUUUCUAUCUUCGUUUGCUAAAUAAGAUGUACAUUGUGGUGAAUUUUAAUAUCUCAUAUUAUUGCUAGAUAUAAACUAAGCGUUGGAGCAUCUGAUUCUUGUUGUUUAAGUUGUGUACUUUUUUGUGACAGUGCACUAAAAUAGAGUUUAGUUUGCUUACAACACCAAGUUCAAUACCACACCUUCACAUAGUUGAAAAGUUUAAAAAGGAAGGAAGAGUAAAUUGAAGAGAAAAAGAAAAGAUGCGGAGUAGAGGGAUGGUAGAAGGUGUCCUAAGCAGGGAUUGAGAGAUAAAAAAAAAUUAAGGGAGGGUGGAGGAGGAAAGAAAUGAGGGGCAAUUGGAUAGAACGAAAAAGAGAGCAGGGGAAAGAGUUGAAGAAGAAAAUGAUUGAGAGAAGGAGAAGAGGACGAACACGUAUUUUUAAAACGUCCUCGAUGUGAUAUGUUUUGUUGUAGGUUUACGAUGAUUUAUAUCGUGUCAGUAUUUUGUUGACAGCUGUGAAAGCUGUAUUUGGUGUGAUGCAGUAUUAGUGUACCCUCUGUAAUACUUGUCUCUGAAUUUGAACUUUUAAGGAUCCCCGUACCACUAUCAAAAACCGUAACUAUAAAAUGGAAUUUUUAUCAGCAUGGUAAUAAAUCUAAUAAAAUAUUUUUGAAAGGAAAUCCAUUCCUUACGGGGCUUUGAUAAAAACAAUGAAAUAAACAACAAUUAAAAUAAUACGGAUGCUCUAAUCAACUGUUAUUGUCAGCAGCGAUGAAGGGAUGCUUAACAUAAAAUAAUUCAUAUGUUCUUAAAAUUAACACAUAUUAUGUAUAGUUUAAGUGAGUCUCAAGUAAACGGCUGAUACAAGUGUUUAUGAUUGUGUAUAAAUAUAUCUGCUGAACAUAGCCUACCUGUUAUAUAUCUGUUGACAUUUUGAAUAAAUUUUGAUGUUAUGAUA